AUGAUGUUAAGGUAUAUUUUGAGCAAAAUCGUGAACGAAAAAAAAAAUAUAUACAUAUACGAUCAGAAAUAUCUACUUAUAAAAGACUUUUUGAGAUAUUUUCCAAAGUACUUCGUAAACGAAAUUUAGAAGUCGCGGUGCAUAAAUACUAUUUCGCCAUGUUUUUGAUUCUUUAUUCCUAAAACUUAAACAAAUGCUUUUUCUUUUUAUUGAAAGAAUUUCAUUCUCUUCCGAAUUUUCCCUAGAAAAGUUAUACUUUUAAACUUUUAAAUUUAUAGGUACACACUAAUCACAACCGCAGCCACUUUAUCAUUGUCAUUAGUCAUACUUGGCUGGAUGUUUUGGAGAGAAGAUACAAAAAGCGAGAAGCAGAAUAAAAGCGGAAACUUGUCGAAUCACGAGAACUAUGCCGGUGAGAAAAUUCGAAUUUCGCUCACAUAUGCUCCAGUGAUAAUUGACCGCCGGCGCCGCGCUGCGCGGUCAAUUGAUAUUUAAGUUUCAAUAAAAUAUAAAUUUUAUUCUAAGUCCUUUCCACCUUUCAACUUCAAUUAAUCUUCAAAAUCUUUCUAUAAAUUAUAGCGCGUUCAGAGUGUUUCCAAAACAUGGUUAUGAUAAACUGAAAAGGGUUCGAAGAGACUAGAUCAAGCUGCAAUUUUGGAAAAUGUAUUUAUUUUUGACUGAAAAAUACUAUAGUCAAACUAUAUUAAAGUGAUGAGUAAGAAAAUACACUUCGAGAAGAGAAAACAAGCAGAGGAUUCACUCAAGCGAUGAAAAAAACUUUUUACGUUUCAUUUGGCUCUUGCGUCAAUGUUAUGAUGAUGAUAUGAAUAUUCCUUGUAAUGAAAUUUUAUUUUGUUUUUCCCUUUGCGUCACGAGCUUUUUAUCUUUUAUGAAUAUUUAUUAAAUAAAAAAAAGUACACCAUUAAAAAAAUAUAUGUAUUCUUCCAUUCUUGUCCAACCAAAAUUUCAUCCGGAAUUUAUCAACUUGGUGUGAUAGAAAAAAGAGGUUUCGAAUAAAUUGAUGUGAUCGGCGUUUCAGGAGUUUUUGGCAUGGCUCGAUCGCCGAUUUCCCCACGCUCCAGAGCGAUACAGAAAAGGCAACCCUGUCGUUGUCACAAAAUUGCCGCUUUGGAUGAAUGUCUUCCUUUUCUUAGAACUGUGAGUUCUGGGAAUUUCUGAAAGAAACAAGCACGUGGAAUUAUUCAGGGCGAAAAGUUUUCAUAUAAGGUGUUGAAAUAUUAAACUAGAUAAAAAGUUUUCAAACUCAUUUUUAGGACAGUAUCUCGGAGAGCGAUGCUGUGGAGGUGAAUAGCGACACUGAAGAGGAAACAUCUAGCAAAACGUUUAGAAAUAAAAUUCUUCUCACUUGUACAUUAAUUUUCAAUUGUUUGCAGAUCAUUCUGAAAUCUCAGUACGUGUUGACAGGAUUUUCUUCAGCGGUCCAUUUCUCUAAAUUUGACAUAAAGCCUUUCUCCGAUUUGGUAUAAUUUUGAACAGUACAAUCUUUUCAAGAACUUCGAGGCAAUGAGCCGUUUUUAGGUCAACCAGCAGUGAGUAAUUGAUAUUUCGGAAUCUGACUUGAAAAUAUUCGCUCACGUUUAUUUUGUGAAAGAACGCCACGUUUCGGAUAUGAUGGCCAUUUCGCAACUUUGCUUCUCUCAUUUCAUUUCAUAAAAAAGCACUACUGUACUCGCAGUCUUCUCAAUAAACAAUCUUGCGAAAUGUCUGCUGCCGCCCUCACUUUGUCUCGCGUUCGAGAGCAAGGUACAUUUUAGAUUUAUAUUUUGCUCACUAGAACAAGGAUCUCCCAUUUUAUAAUAUAAAUUUUGAGUCAACUUGCAAACUUCGAAAUCGAGUGAGGAUGAACUGAAACGAUGUGAGGAACUCAUAUUAGCGUACGCGAAGAAGUUGGCCGAGGAGAAAGAUUGCAGAAGUUUCCAUUUUGUUUAGAAUCCUGGAAUUAUUUUUCUUAAGGCCUACAAGCAUUGAUGGUCGAAACAAGACCGUUUUAUAUUGCCGUUGGCAAGGCUAAAGCUAGUAAACUUGUGCGGAAUUUGGUGGAUAUCUCUCUGACAAUUGAUCAAGGCAAAGACGAAAAAGUAAGACGCUUAAAUUUGGGGUUUCUGCUAAAAAAGAAAUGAAUUUGAGAUAGUGUUGGUGCAAGAUUGCGUCGAAUGGGCGGCGUCAAACCACAGCGAAUUUCUGCGUCGGUCUUUGCAAGCCCGCCUAGUUCGUCUGUACAACGACGUCCGUGAAUACACUGAAGCUCAAAAACUUGGUUCGUUUCACUGUUAUGCAAAAAAAAAUUUUUUUUUUCAGCUCAUCCGUUGGGAAAUGAGUUGAAGAAGUUGGAGGAUCGUGAGCUCUUAAUUGAAGUUUCUCUGGAAGAAAGCAAGAGCGCGUUCUAUUUGAAUAAUUUUGCAAAGGUAGGUAUAUCAAUUCGUUUCAAAAGGGUUUACCGUUGCUCAGACUUGUUUGGAAAACGGAAAUUUUGUUUAUUUGAUCGUUUGAGUUCUCAUAUUACUAUGACCAGUCUGAGCUUUUCAUGUUCUUUUUUUUACAUUCAUUGAGAUAGAACUUCAAGAAAUAUAUAAUUAGAAAAUUUAUCAGUUUUUUUUUUCCAAUCCGAAAAAACGCUUACUGUAAUGCGAGUUCCAUUUGGUUCAGUUUGUUGAAAAACAUUUUUUUUUUUUUGAGGUUGAAGGUGCAUAUAAUUUUUUUGGAAGUUUAACUUCUAUGAUUUUUUUAAUUUUUGAUGUAUUGAUAAACUUCUUGGAGUUCUUAAAAGAAGAGCCAUUUUCAGUUUUUUUUUUUCGUUUAGGAAAGGUUUCUGUGACUCUAAUCUUAACCAGAGUUUCCUGAAAGACUUUGAACGAAGAUGAAAAUUUUACAGAAAACAGAUAUUUUAUAAUCGAAUUUCCAGGCCAAAUGUGCCCUGGUUCUGGCAAAGACCAACUCCAACGGCGCCUACAUUUCACCGCAAAUGCAGGCGGCCAUCGACUUGCAGUCGGGCAUACUGUAUUCGGCUGAUGAACGCGACUUCAAAACCUCAUUUUCCUACUUUUACGAGGCUUUCGAAGGAUUUAUCGUAACUGGUGAUAAGGCCAAGGCCGCCACCACACUCAAGUAUAUGCUCCUCUGCAAGGUUCAUCUCUUCUCACUGAAAAUGAUCAAAUAACCUUCAGAUCAUGACCAAUGAGGCGAGUCAGAUCGCCGCUUUACUUGCUAGUAAAGUUAGUCUGAGUUCUCGUUUUCAUCCAAAGUUAAGCUAUUUUCCAGGAGUUUGCGACUGUGAAAGGAAAGCCGAUUGACGCUUUGAAGGCACUCGCAGAGGCUUUCACGACGCGUUCGUUGAAGCUUUUCCAAAAGGUUUCCGAAAAAUGAAGAUGCUUCGAGUCGUUUAUCUAGGCGUUCGAUGAUUACAAGGAGGAGUUGGUUGAGGACAAAGUCGUAGCGACACACACUUACAACCUUCAGAAGGACAUGCUCGAGAAGGUGAAAUUCUAAAUAAGAAGAACUCAAAAACAUCCGGCAGUAUUCACGUGAAGCGUUUAUUCAAGUAUUUUUUUAAAUGUUUAAGCUAAAAAAAAUUCAAGCUAAUUUCAAGUCUCUCCGGCUUUCUUGAAUGAAAAUCAUCCUUAUUAAGCUCAUCGAUGAAUAAAAAAACCGAGUGACAAUUUUUUUAUGUAAGCUCUCAUUUUUUCACUUUUUUCAAUUUUUGACAACUAAAUAUCUUGAUAUAGGAGAUUUCGCGUGUGAUUGAGCCUUAUUCGGAGGUGGAGCUGUCUUACAUCGCACGUCUGAUCGGAAUGACUAUCCCACCCGUCGAAAGAGCCUUGGCCACCAUGAUUCUGGACAAGAAACUCCACGGAUGCAUCGACCAACACGCUGGAGUCGUCAUUAUUUAUCCUUCGCGUUCUUCCGACAAACUCUUCAAGCAUUGUCUCACUAUCAUCAAGUCUGUCGCCAAGGUAGCCUUUUUUCAUAAUUUACACUUCACAACUUAUGAGCUAUUAUGAAAUGGGUUUCAAGUAAGAAUCUUUUUUUUUUCAAUUAAAAAGAGGAAACAAAUUUACACCAUUUCUAAAUAAAACCUAAAAUAGUUUCAAAAGUUCAGCUAUUCAAUUGAAAUUUUUUCGUUUUGCUUUCUAGUAAAGCAUUUAGUUACUUCAAAAACUUUCCGUUCAGAGUUAGAGUCUUGUAUAACCAAUUUAAAAAAAUUCUUCGUUCCGAGACCUCGAAAACUUUAUCUACGAUUAUUUAAACUGAAAAUCUAUAUUCAUUCGAAAAAAUUAUGUUUAAGACUGUCGACGCGUCAUAUCAUCGAGCUCAGCUGCACAUCAAAUAA